UUGGUCUAGUGACGUUCAAUGCGACAUUAAUUGUUGGAUUAUUGAUCUCUGGCAAUCACCAAUCAAUCUCAGACUUGGUCACUGUUUAAUUGAUUAUUCAAUUAUAGAUCGGGAUCUAAAUAGAAGUAUUCAGGCUUGUAAAAUAGGACUGAGUGUUAUGGUAUCGCCUUCAUAGUUUAUUGUCAUCUCAAUAUCUAUUAUAGCAGCUUUCAACAACACUUGAUUACUGCAGUGUACUGUUGGAAUUGUAUCUGAGUGAAUCACGCCAAAUCAGGAUUGUGUAUGUGUGUGCUUAAAGUAGCUUUAUUUAACAUCCGCUUCCACUGAAGUGAUAUCGCUGACAAAUCAGGAUAUUUAUAUCCUUGUUAUAUAUGAAUGAAAUGAUAAGCCUCAUGGCGUUUUAAAUGGAAGGAAAUUCAUACAAGAAUUAAUGGUCUUUUAGUGUAUUAUGGACUGGGCGUGUGUAUUAUAUUGCCGUAUCCAGGGAUGCUACCGCUUUCAGCAACCACCAUUGUCAUUAUGUACACACUCUUCUAAUUGAUGCCAUUGUCUACCUUAUUUCAACGUUAAGUGGAUAGUAAAUAAAACACAAUAUAGACAGAUUGGCCAACAGCUAAGAGAAGAUACCUUUUCAUUGAUCUCAUCGAUUUAACUACCUUCAGUGAUUAGUGAAAAUAUAAUGAAUUUUAUAGUAUUUAUAGGUCCAUUAUGGAGUAUGACUUUUCUAUCACAAGAGCACUUGUAUGUUAAGAAAUAUGUAUAUAUAACCUAGAAGAGACCACGUCCAUAAUCUUUUGGAAUGACAAUGGAGCAUAUGUGAAUCCAAGGGGGUUUAUGUUAAAAGCUAUCGUGAUUUAUAGAACAACUGGAUUAUAGCAAUGUCGUUUAAAUCAAUUACUGCUUUAGGAAAGAUUGUUGAAAAACUAAAUCACAUAUCUUGUUUAAAACUAUUCUGUAUAUAAAAUCAGAGAACAGUGAUCAAUACAUGUUAUUGCAUGAUUGAAUUUAUCUGAUAAAUACUAUCCUUAACAAACCAUUGCUUUUUGGAAGCGGAAAGGAAUGUCAUAUAAAAAAGAAAGAUGUUUCAGAACUUUUGGAAAAUGUUAUGUCUAAGACUUCUUAUUAUCAGCAUUAUAUGUUUAAACAGUCACGUCAGAAUAGUUAUGUCGGCUGCUGUAAGUAAUCUAACAUGUUACGACUGUUCUGAUUCAUUCAAGAAUUUCUGGGAUCCUUUCACACCUUGCCAAAGAAAUCUAAGUGCAGUUCGGUUACGUCAGUGUCAUGUGCAAGAUCGUUAUUGUAAGGUAGAAAGAAUUUCUCUGAAGAGUAUCACUAUAAGUAUCAGUAGAGGGUGUGUAUCAGAAUGUUACUAUGGAUGUAAAGCGCAUGGAUACGGUAUUACACAAUUACGGUGUACAUCAUGUUGUCAAGGUUACGCAUGUAAUACAGACAACGGUUCCGGAAUGUUGGAUUCUUCCAUGUCGACUUUUAUGUUUAUUCUGACGCUUGAUAUAAUAUCACAGAUAAUACCAAUAUCAGGUGGAUGAUUGGAGAACAGGAAAUUAACAAAAUGCUUGAAGUGUGUUACGUGAUGAAACAUACAAAGGGCUUUCGUUAAAGGAAAAACUCAACUCGUUUCGUUAUUUGUCUUCGAUGUGACAAGGACACAAAAGUUCAAUUUAUAGCUAGUUAUAGCUGUUUAUAGCUAGUUAUAAUUGUUUAAAGUCUUCUGUGAAAUAAAUCGUUCGUGUAUAGAGCAAGAGAAUAAAUCAGUCUAAUUAAAAAUUA